CGGGUCCUGUGGUCGGGGACAUAACGAGGCUGCCGGGCGGGGAGAGCGGAGCGGGGCCCGGGAUGUCGGUAAACAUGGAGGAAUUACGACAUCAGGUCAUGAUUAAUCAGUUCGUGUUGACUGCAGGGUGUGCGGCGGACCAGGCCAAGCAGCUACUGCAGGCGGCACACUGGCAGUUUGAGACUGCUCUCAGCACCUUUUUCCAAGAAUCCAAUAUCCCCAGCGCUCAGCAUCAUCCGCACAUGAUGUGUACACCAAGCAACACGCCAGCCACUCCGCCCAACUUCCCGGAUGCUUUAGCCAUGUUUUCUAAACUUCGAACCUCAGAGAGCUUGCAGAACAGCAGCAGUCCUGCCGCAUCAAACGCCUGCUCUCCUCCUGGCAAUUUUAACCCCUACUGGGCUUCACCACCACCUAGCCAACAGCCUGUCUGGCUGCCCCCAGCCUCCCCAACCACACACCUCCAUCACCACCACCAUCAUCCACAACCAGCCUGGCCCCCAGCCUCCCAGCCUGCAGGGGGCCCCCAGAAAGCCAUGACUGCCAUGGAUGGCCAGAGAUAAGACUGGGCUUGAAUGCACUGAGGAAGAAGGGGAGGAAGCGGAGUGGUUCCCUGCUCUCCGCCUUCCUCCUGUUGAAUUUUAUGAACUGACUUUUUUUUUUUUUCCUCAGUCUUUAUUUUGUUUUAUAAUUAAGAGGUUCUGAAUUUUUUGGGGAAGACCAGAGAAAGUGACCGAACGUUUAAGUAAUGUGUCUGCCCCCCUCCUCCCCGUUUCUUUUUUAAUAUAUAAUUAUAAUAUAUAAAGAUUUGAAUUUAUGUGAGAUGGUGGAGGAGGGGGACGGAUGUUUAUGAAGGCACGCUGGAUCUAGAAGGAGCACCUUUUAACUGUUGCAUCAAAUGGAAAGAAAGCUUUAAGUGAUUGUCCCUCGUGCCCAGCACUCUUCCCCAGCCUGUGCUAGAACAGAAAGCGUGAACCCGUCUGUCCGCCAUUGUUUAGAAGAGCGGCGCGUCCACCUCCCCGUAGCACGUAGACUGGCGGCAUCAUGGUGUCUGCAUCGCCGAGCGAAGGGCAGUAUUAAGAAGCCUGCACAGAAGGCAAGCGCUGGAGACUGGCAACAUUUUAUUUUUCCCCCCUCCUCUCUCGGACGGACCAGCAUUGAUGGAGCUGGGCAUGUUUUAGUAGCAACUUCAUGAAUUAUUAAAUUUUGACACUUUAUUACGAUACCUCAACGGGACACAAUGGUUUUUACAGGCUUCUGGUUCCGAAGAAUACGUGCGUCUUGUUGCAGUGGAAAACACGCUUGCUCCCUAGUUUUCUAUCUCCGUUCCUGAAACCAUGUCGGGAUAUUCCGUAUGGAAGAAAAACGCAAACUUCAGAUUUCACCUUUUAAAAUGUUGCUUAAAGGGACAACAUCUAACGCAUUGCAGAGACUGGUUUUUCUCUCUCCCAUCUUGCUUCUAUUGUCCAACAAGGAGAUUACCACGGGCUUCUCCCAGAGCAAUAAGCGCACCAGAAGGUGACCCUGGCCACCAUUUUAUCUGAUCCCAACGCUGACUCUGUCAUCAGUCUAAUGCCAUAUUACCCAGGUCUACUAACUUUCCUUUACCCUCAUGGCAAUGCAUUCACUAGAUCGAUGUGUAUGUGCUAUUUCAGAUUUAUAUAUGGGUAGGUCAUCUUCUGGCAUCCUGACUAAGGCUUCAGCAACGCUGUGAUCUUGGCUGUGACCCCUGUGGCUUAAUCAAAGAUUGCUGUGUAGCAGUGCAGUCUUGGAACAGAAUGGGGUCGCAACAUGACUUGCAAAAAGUCCAGCAGUGUUGGAUUUUAUUAGUUUUGUUGCGAUUCUGGGAUUGCAGCAACUUGCUGCAACCCUAUUUAGUUCACUGGUCGCACUGCUACUCUGCGAUCUUUGGUUAUGCGAUGGGUGCCACGGCCAAGAUUGCUAUGUAUCCCCAGCCUACAAUGUGGGUUAUGCAACAUGGGGCUGAUGUCUAUGAGCGAUUGGGUCGGACACUGGCAAAAAGCAUUCCAUUAAAGGGAUUGUGUGAUCUCAGACUUUGAUGGUAAACCUUAGAGAUAAUUCUCUGAGGUAGGACCUGCACCUGUCUCCAGAAUAGGUCCCUGAAAGUGAAGAAGACUGUGUUCUCCUUUCAUUUCUAUGGGAAUAAAAAAAACCUUUUUAUUUGACUCCAAUGUAGUAAAGGGUUGUCCCAGUAAGACAACUUAUUCCCUAUCCUGUGGAUAGGUGAUAAGUGCCUGAUUGGUAAGUCUCUUACCCCUGGAGAUCACGAGAACGGAAGUUUGCUGCUUCAUUCAAUUCUAUGGGACUGCUGGAGAUGGCGGAGAACAAGCGCUUUGUUAUCUUGGGCCGUCCCAUAGAGGUGAAUGGAGCAACAGCGCACUAGAAAGCAGUGGCCCCCGUUCUUGUGAUCGGUGCCGAUCGGACACUUCGCUCAUCCUUUGGCUAGGCGAGAAGUCAUUAACGGGAUAACCCCCCCCCCUUUAAGGGCGCCCUUUCAUACAUGAGGCCUGUGGCUCUGACCACGGAGCAGCGUCUACCAUUACCCACACACAGAAUAAUUUGGUCAUUCACAUUGAGAAAAACUGGUUUGUGAACCAGACCGAUGGGUCAUACAACAAGCUGCAACCUGAGCAAAAGUUUCCUCUAAAUCCGAUUGUUCUCCUGUGCACUGAAUAAUUGAUAGUUGCUAAGCUGGCCCGUGAUAUCAUCACAUGUCAGGGCUGAGCCGCCAUAUUUCCGGGAUUUACGCUGGAGAUGCCUUUAGCAUGAAAACUCUCACUAAAAUGCACUGAAGUUUUCUUACGAUUUUGGUAGUCAAGCCAAGAAUACCGUCAUCUACCUUAUCUCGUCAACUGAAAGAAUGCCUGGCUGAGACAUUGCUCACAGCGCUAGCGAUUUACCAUCACCAGUGGGUGGCGCUGUUCUGGUGGAAGCUAUGUCACCACACGUCUGCAACUCAUGCUUUGCCUGCAUGACGCUUUAGGUUGCUGCUACGUGGGGGAGGGAUACAUCGGUCUAGUUUACCGAAUGGCUGACAAUCCUAUGGGUUAUAAGGAUUUGUUCCUGUUUUGUGAUUUCUGACCUACUCCCGAUUUCAGCUCGCAAUUGUUGAUGGAAAUCACUGUGAAUAAGGUCUAUUUUUUGCGUGUUUGUGUCCGUGAUGACAUCUGAUGGUCACUGGCUCAUCUGUGCAGAUGUCUGUGUUAGGGCUCAUGCACACGAGCAUGUGUUUGCCCCGUGCUGCAGAAUUUUAGAGGAUGCUGACCCAUGCACUUGAAUUGGUCCUCGAUACACAAGAUAUGUUUUGCACUGCAAAAAAAAUUUUUUUAUUUUUUUUUGCGGUGUGGAGAUGCAGACCGAAAUCCCACAGAAGUGCUUCAUAGUGCCUCUGCUCCAUAUCUUGUGGAUUGUGUACUCAUCCAUGAUGGCCGGUGCCUGUGUAUUGUGGACCCACAAUACGGGCACAGGGGGGCACACACUGUCGUGUGCAUGAUUUCAGAUGCACCUCCUACCAAUGGACCACAGCCCAAACAUGGCUGGCACCAGUCGUUUUUCACAGACCCAUAGCCUAUAAUGUGCGUGAGGGAUCUGUAAUUACGGACAGAAAUAGGGCAUGGUUACAUGUGGCUCCACGGUCUGUGGGAGACCACUAUUGUGUGAAUACCCACUUUAAAGUCAGUGGAUGCAUGAGCAAUCUGGAGACCACGGGCAGCACACUCCCAUGUGAGAAGCCUGAGGCUUAACUUUCAUACCCCCCAAACGGAACCCAUUCUAGUCAGUGGCUUUGGUCGGCAGCUAAGUGUCUAAGGGGGCAGUCACACGACCAUAUGUAUUUUUUGAUCUGCAAAAUGUGGAUGAUGUGCAUGCUGCAUCCUUUUUUUUUUUUUUUUUUCCGGUGGGUCUAUGGUCCACAUUUGCGGGCAAAAAUAGGACAUACAGAUCAUUCAUGUGCUUUCCGAGUCCAUAUGUCUGUUCUACAAAAAGACAGAAGAUGUCCUAUAUCUGCUCAUAAAAUGAAGAUGCAACAUGGACAGCAUCCGUAUAUUGCAAAAUACAUCCGGCACUUUUUGUUCAGGACAGGUAAGGCGCUAGCAGUGAUGUGCUCAGUUCUGUAGAGCCUAUUCAGCCAUGUCUCCGUUACCUUGGUAUACACAGCUUUUGGGUGACCAUGGAGUUUUCACUUGGGGCUUCUUACCAUCCCUGUAGAAUUGUAUUCUGCAGAUGGAUAUGGAACUUGAGACAUCUGGAGAGUAGUGUGACCGCUCGGGGACUCUUCUCCAACAUGCUCUUGAUGCAGCAAUGGUUUUUCUUGUGCCAUUUUUAGUUUUGGGGACAUUUUCAUGAUCUCCAAACCAACACUUGACAUCUGCUGAGUGCAGUAUCUUUUACGGCUGUAGCCCGCUUGAGAGGCACUUCACUGUCGGUGAUAAACUAUUAGUCAUGGAAAUUCACAUAACAUAGACGCCGGUUCAACGCUUUUGCUAGCAGUGAAGACGCCAUCAAGCCCUUGCUGUAUAAAAUGGUUGCAGAAGGUGAAAGAGGGAUGUUACGCAAGCGCUUGUGGUUACAAAGGAGAUGAAAGUACGUGAGAGCUAACUCCAGUGGAUACGUACCAAAAAAGAAUGUGCUCACGGCCGUGACCCCGUUUCUUAGUUUUUUCAAUUGGUGACCCGGGAAGCCAUUUAAUGCUGUGUCGGUGGCAGCUCGUGUGACGGCUAACUAAAGCGGAGAAGUCGAGCCUCGGCAGUAGCAUUUUGAGGUUAUAGUUAUUAAUUAUAAUACAGUACACUGGUAAUAGUUGAGGUUGUAGCCUGAAAGGUGUAUCAAACCAAUGCAGGCCCCAGCGUCUCUUUGGUUAAAAUGAACAUUUAUGCACCGCCAAGAAGUGAGACGGUAGAGGGGGCGGCGAGUAUCUUCAGCUUUCUCCCCCACACGCGUGGUUAUUGGGUCAAAAUCAUGUUUAUAACCCAAGAUCUUGAUCUGAAGUAUUCUUUUUAAUUUAAAGAAAAAAAAAAUUAAAAAAAUAAACUUUUUUUUAACUCAAA